AAUCCAUCGUUGACAAGUGAAAGUAAAAUGGAUAAUCUGCCAGACACAUGCUAUCUUUUGUUAGACAUCAUUCUCAAGUCAAAACAGUUGAUACGGUGAGUUUCUCUCGUGUAUUUAUUAAUUAUGCAUGGAAUGCGAAACAUUGAGGUGUUUUAAAUAAAGAAACGAAAUAUGACUGUUAAAGUUUUAUCGGCAAGCGACGUACAUACAGUAUUUAAUGAAUUCGAUUUCUAAUUGUUAAAAUCUUGAAUAUGGGGUUUCAGUCUAUAGGUAGCAAUAAGCAAUUUUAUUAUAUUAACACUGAGUUUUCCCAAUGAUUUACUCAUGUGAAAACUCGUUCUACAAUCUGCAUUAGCCAGUCAGAAAAGCGAAGCAAUUUUCGCGCAAUUUUCGUUUCAUCCAAUCAAAUGAUACAACGCUGACGUAUCAAAAAUUCACUCACGGCCGGAAUUUUCCCGCCCUUCGGUUUUGUCAGGCGACGUGGGCACUCCUCGAUAAAUAUUCUAAUAAUAAUUUCACUUUGUUCUGGUUCUUAACGCAAAGUUUAACUUCAUCUUAGCACUUUAUAUCGGUUUUAAUCGUUGUUUGAAUAAAUCGUAUACUUGCUGCGCAAGAUUGUACGUCGUAUGUCAACGUUAUUUUAUUGAAAUUGUCCAAGCAUGCAUGACUUUUGAAUUUUUAUCGUUACCUAAAGUAUAUAGCUAUUUUGACACAGACAAACAUAUCAAAAUUCAGCAGGUAGAUCGCCUGAUAUAACAUCUAUGACUUCAAUGCAAGAAACAAUACAGUGUCUAUCACAGAACAAAUUUGUUCAUUGGAAGCUUUUGUAUUGUAUUUUCGCACUUGUUAAUUUGUUUUCACAUUUCUCGCUCGCUCAUUGCAUUCGCUCGUUCGCUUUGUUACCAUACGUCUGAAGCGUAUCAUGAAACCAUGCAGAAAUCUCUACAGGUGCAUAAAGAAAACCGCACGGUUCGAAAAUGUCCGCUAAACUGCAAAUUCCGCAGAUUAUUAAAAUUGCAAAUGGAAACUAUGGAAAGAAAGUCCAAGUUUUGGAGGUCGCGCGUUGGACUUAAUGUACAUCAGAUUGUCUGGCACUUUGUUAAUUCAUAAAACACCUUCUAAAUUUGCACCCUAUGAAUUUAAAUUGUGUUUUUAGCCUUCCAUCUCUGCGCGCAAGCCAGUUGUAGAAUGGUUUUUAAAAACAACCCUCUUGCACUCUAAAAUUUACUUUUCAAAAUAAUUUUAGUCGUGAAAAUAAUAGGCAGACCCCAAAUUACCCAUACAUACAUAAAUGUUUCACAAAUUUUGCGGAAUUUGCACUUUAGCGGACAUUUUCAAACUAUAUACACCCUGUGUGGACUUACACGAUCAAACUCCCCGAAACAAGGACGUUUUGAGCGAAGAUCUGUUGUCGAACUAACUUCCAGAAGAUAUAAUUUCCCCUCAUGUAUAUAUUUAAUAUCAUUUGCUUGUUCUGAAGGGUUUGGAUUGAAGCGAUAACAAAAUGUAUUAAAGAUGGAUUUUUUAAAGAAAUGGAGUACGAAGCAGCGGCAUAUAUAUUGUGCGUUGUCAUCGACAGUAAGUUAUUCAUUUUUGAAACAUAUCUAAGGUAGACAGUAAUAUAACCACUCAGCACAGCAUUUAACUAUAAGGCAUUCGCCCAUUCAUGAAAAUGACAUACAGGCAUGUAUUAGCAGAAAGGUUAAGAUUGUCGGGCCAAAAAUAUUAUUUUUAAAUUGUAUUGUUAAAAUUCGUCUGUGGAAACCAAAUUGCCCACAAAUACGCAUGGGAGCUUUGGGGACGGUGGUACCGUAGUAAACCUGUUCCUUAUAGUAUACGUAUUAAAUUGA